AUGGCUCUUGUGCCUCGCUCCCUGACUCUCAUCGCGGCGGUUGUCCUCGCGGCUGCCGCUCUCCUCGCCGCUCUUCCUGCCGCGAGCGCCGCUGGGGUGAAUUACAGCAAAAGCGGGCUCAACUGGGAGGGCACUUGCGAGUCGGGCGAGCGGCAGUCGCCAAUCAACAUUGUGAUGGACGAGGCAACCACGGUGGAUGCACCAGAGAUAUUCUCUCUGGAGUAUGACUCCUCGCCCACCACUGCCACCGUCGUCAACAAGGGCUACACCGUCCAGGUGGUUCCGAAUCCGUCCAACACCUACAAGCUGCAUAUUGCCAGCGGAACCUACGAGCUGAAGCAGGUGCACGUGCACGCCUUCUCAGAGCAUGCCAUCAACGGGCUCUUUGCUCCCAUGGAGGCGCACCUCGUGCAUGCCCAUGUCGACGAUCCCUCCCGGCUGGUCGUCGUGGGAGUCAUGAUCCGCCUGCAGCGCGACGACCACGCCAGCAACUGGGUCGACUCGUGGUUGGCCCAGAACCCUGCACCGGUGAACGGGACAGCGACUGUCCCCAGGAACUUCUGGAGGGAGAUGGUGGAUGUGUCCAUGGGGUUCUGGCGCUACCCCGGCUCGCUCACCCCCCAUUCCAUUCUCUCACACGCCCAGGUGGUUGGCCCGGACCCCCUCAGAGGUGAACGGGACGGCGACCAUUGA